GGCUCAAAAAACCAGACACAACCUGCAAACACAAAACGGUUUCUCUUAUCUCUACAAUUUCCUGUAAAAUCCCACCGGCCACCACCUCCACCGUCGUCAUCAAGUCCCUGUAACUUCAACGGCGUUCAUGGCGGAUAAGCUAGCUCUCCCCCUCCUCCUCCCAACCCCACCACUCUCCAAACCCUUCUUCUCUCUAGACCCCCACCCCCUUAAACCUCAACCACCACCAUCAUUAACCCCUAUCUUAAACGACAUUCUACAACCCAAUUCCACCACUAAACCCAUUUCCCCCAUCAUCCCCAAAACCCCACGAAGAAUCGGCAAACACAACGACCCAAACAAAGGUAAACCAUGGUCUUCUCACUUAUCCCCACAAGGUCAACUCAUUUUCAAAACCCUAACCCACCCCACUUUCAAUUCAUCCCAAAUUGAUAAUAUCCUACCUACCCUUGUUGAAUUUCAUGAAAAAGAUUCCGAAUUUGGUUCAAAGUUGUUAUCUUUAGAUGUCUUAGGGUUGAUUCAAGGGUUAGGUUAUUACAAGAAAGUUGAUUUAGCGUUACUUGUGUUUGAUUGGGUUAAGAAAUAUUAUAAAGAUUCAGGGAUGGUGUUACGUGGGUCUGUUGUGGCUGUGGUUAUAUCUAUGCUUGGGAAAGACGGGCGGGUUUCGGUUGCCUCUUCGUUGUUUCGUGGGCUUCGGAAAGACGGGUUUGUUGUUGAUGUUUAUGGUUAUACUUCGUUGAUAAGUGCGUAUGCGAAUAAUGGUAGGUUUCGUGAGGCGGUUUCCGUGUUUAAGGAGAUGGAGGAAGAGGGGUGUCAGCCGACGAAGAUUACGUAUAAUGUGAUUCUUAACGUGUAUGGGAAAAUGGGUAUGCCGUGGAAUAAGAUCGAAUCGGUGUUUGAUGGUAUGAAGAGGUCGGGGGUGUUACCGGAUUCGUAUACUUAUAAUACUUUGAUUAGUUGUUGUAAACGUGGGUCGUUGUAUGAGGAAGCUAAUAGGAUAUUCGAAGAGAUGAAAAUGGCAGGAUUUAUGCCUGAUUACGUUACGUAUAAUACGUUGUUGGAUGUUUAUGCGAAGUCGCGUAGGCCUAAUGAAGCCAUGGAUGUUUUAAGGGAGAUGGAGAGUAAUGGGUUUUCUCCAAGCGUUGUGACGUAUAAUUCGUUGAUCUCGUGUUAUGCUAAAGACGGUUUGUUCGAUGAAGCGAUGGAGUUAAAAGGUAAAAUGUUGGAAAAGGGGAUAAAACCGGAUGUUUUUACGUACACGACUCUGUUUUCAGGGUUUGAGAAGGCAGGGAAAGACGAAUCUGCCAUGAGGGUUUUUGAUGAAAUGAUUAAUUCGGGUUGUAAACCGAAUAUUUGUACGUUUAACGCACUUAUUAAGAUGCAUGGGAACAGGGGUAGGUUUUUGGAGAUGAUGAAAGUUGUUGAGGAUAUUCAAAAGUGCGGAUGUGUUCCCGAUAUUGUAACGUGGAAUACGCUUUUGGCGGUUUUCGGUCAAAACGGAAUGGAUGGUGAAGUUUCGUCGGUCUUCAAGGAAAUGAAACGCGCAGGGUUUAUACCCGAGAGAGACACUUUUAAUACGUUAAUUAGUGCUUACAGUAGAUGCGGGUCGUUAGAUCAGGCGAUGAAUGUGUAUAAAAGCAUGUUGGAGGUUAAAAUCAGUCCCGAUCUUUCAACUUAUAACGCGGUUUUAGCAGCAUUAGCUCGUGGAGGUCUUUGGGAACAAUCCGAGAAGAUUCUAGAAGAAAUGAAAAACACGCAUUGUAAACCAAACGAGUGUUCUUACAGUUCGUUACUUCACGCGUAUGCAAAUGGGAAACAAAUCGAAAAAAUGCGUGUUCUUGGUGAGAAGAUAUAUUCUUACGAGAUCGAACCGCAUGCCGUUUUGUUAAAAACCCUGGUUUUAGUCAACAGCAAAACCGAUCUUCUAGAAGAAACAGAGCGCGCGUUUCACAAAAUGAAAAACCGGGGUUUCUCACACGACAUCAAUACACUAAACGCGAUGGUUUCUAUAUACGGAAGAAGACAGAUGUCGAUGGAAGCAAACGAGAUCAUUACAUUCAUAAACGAAAGCGGCUUUUCUCCCAACUUAACGACAUACAACUCUUUGAUGUACAUGUAUAGUCGAUCUUCAGAUUUCCCAAAAGCUGAAGAAAUGUUGAGGGAUAUUCUAUCAAAAGGAAUCAAACCCGACGUUAUUUCUUACAAUACGGUAAUUUACGGGUACUGCCGAAAUGGAAAAAUGAAAGAAGCAUCAAGGGUAUUGAGUGAAAUGCGGAAAUCUGGUGUAAUUCCGGACGUUAUCACAUAUAACACCUUUGUUGCUAGUUAUGCUGCGGAUGAAUUGUUUAAAGAAGCCAUUGAGGUAAUAAAGUACAUGAUAAAACAAGGGUGUAAACCGAAUGCAAGCACAUACAACUCGAUUGUUGAUUGGUAUUGUAAGUUUCAUCAUAGGGAUGACGCGGUACUCUUCAUCAAUAAGCUUCGUGAGGUUGACCCGCGUGUGUCGAAAGAUGAAAUUAGUAGAUUAUCUGCACGUGUGGCGCAGAUUGCGUAAGGGUGUUGUAUUGUACAAUCGUAUGUUUAUUUCAGGCUCCUGUACAUACAGUUUUGCUGAGGAACCGAAGAACUUAAAGGGGUGUGUGUGUGUAUACUUAUUAAUAUACUUUGUUAGAAGUAAGAACCCUUGAGCUAAUAAUCUGUAUGUGUUCAUUGCAGGAUGAAGAUGUAAAUGCCAUUUUGUAUC